UCGACAUGGUCACUCUGUGUAGCACGUGUAGUUGUAGGCACGUUGCUUGAUUUUUAUUAUUUAAAACGCUUAAUUAUAGAGUUUAGCCAUGGUUCCCAAUGAAAAAAGCUUCCCCCGAGGCGGGACAGUCCACGCCGAGGCCAAGUUAGCCGACACCAGCUCGAAUAUAGUAUUUGGUGCAUCGCAGAAGAAGACGAAAAAAGUUCAAAAGCCGAAGGAUAACUUUCUCAAUGAGCUCACCGAGGACCCCAAUGAGCAGCUGGAAGCGUCCUCCGCGGAAAUGCUCAACCUGGAUACGCUGCAAGAGGACAUGCUGGUCAUGGGAGUGGUCAAGGAGACCAGCGCCACCUCGCUGCAGAUCGCACUGCCCGGUCGGAUGUUUGCCCGCACCCUGGUGGCGGAUAUUUCAGAGGCCUACACCCGCGUGGCAAAGUCGGCCAUGUCGGGCGACACCAGUGAAUACCACGACCUCACAGAGCUUUUCCCGGUGGGCCGCAUCGUCUACGGCAAGGCCAUUAAAACAGAAAAGCUGGACGGGAACCGCCUCUCGCUGCUGCUCUCCCUGAAGCCGGCCGACGUCCAUGGCAACCUGCACCACAAGAACAUCAAGAAGGGCUUCAUCUUCUCCGGCGCCGUGGCAGAGAUUCAGGAGCACGGCUACAUCAUCGAGACGGGAGUAGAAGGACUGCAGGCCUUUAUGCCCUGCGAGGAGUCGGAUCGGACACUUCAUGUGGGUCAAUUGGCUUUUCUGAAGGUCAAGCAGAUCAAGCACGAUGCCCACCAGAGCAACUGCACGUGUGUCCAGGUAGAUCAGAACCAGAUGAAGAUCAAGAGUCAGAACGAAACAAACCUGGACUACAUAUUGCCGGGUAGCAUUGUCCGUUUCAAGGUGGCCAAGAUCCUGAAGGACGGCAUCAAGGGUACCAUCAUGAACGAGUCCUUCAGCGCCUAUAUCAAUGAGCACCACAUGGCACACGCCCUGGAGCCCGUGGAUGCCUACGAGCUGAACGAGGAGUACAACGCCAGGGUGCUUUUCGUAAUGCCCCUCACCAAACUAGUUUACUUGACCCUCAACCUGGAUAUCAAGGCAGGAGCAGAUGUCCAAAGCAGCGAUCCAGAGUCCGCAGAGGAAGGAGAACCCGCGGUGGGCUCCGUGGUGGAGAAGAGCAAGGUCCUCCGACUGGGUACUGGUGGAGUGGUGUUGCUGCUCAACAAGAGGUGGAAAGGCAUCAUCCCAUACGGCUCCAUUCGGGCCAAUUUCAAGGGAAACUACGACAAAGACGAAGUUCUGUCCAAGUACGGACAAAAGACCAAGCACAAGGUCCGCGUUAUCGGCUACGAUGUCAUCGAGUCCGUCUACUACUGCUCCGAUGAUCCCAACGUAGUCAACGAAAAACUAUACAGCCUGGAGGAUAUUAACCCGGGCGACCUGGUAACAGCCAAGGUUUUCCGCAAGGACGACAAGAUCAAAGGCUGGGCGGUAAGGAUCGGCAAAGUCAAAGGCAUUCUGGAGCAGUUCUAUCUGGCUCCCAACGCUCGCUACGAUGUGGGCCAGCAGUUGAAGUGCAGGGUCCUCGAAGUGGACACGGAUCGCAAGGUUUGCUAUCUGAGCAACCGCAGCGAGUACUUGGCCAAGGGAUUAAAGCUCCUCACGGAUUACUCGGCCGCCCAGGUGGACAACGUGUACACCGGCACUGUGGUCCGCUGUGAGGUGAACUACGUGCUCGUCAAGUUCGGCAACGGCAUUAAGGGAGUCCUCCACAGACAAAACCUGAGGGGUCAGAGUUCCUUCUUCGAGGGACAGACCACUAAGUUUCGCAUUUUGAGCCGCAGCAAGGAUCAAAUCAUUCUGACCCUGCCCGAGGACAAGUUCAAGCUGGGCGAAAUCUGUCCCGUUGAAGUAACCAAUGUCCUGGAUGCUGGCCUGGAGAUUAAAAUCACUUACGCCGCCGAUGAUGAGGAAGAGGACGAGGAGGGGCAAUCCAAGAUGGAGGAGUUCACGGGUCUCGUACCGAUCAAACUGCUUUCAGAUUAUCCUGAUCUCUUGAACGCCCAUAUGCGAGUCCAUCCGGUGGGCUCCCUUACCGAGGCCGCCUGCAUUGAGCAGAACAUCUUCAGUCUGCGGGAUGUACCUUAUUUCAGCGGCGAACUGACUAAGGACUGGGGAUCGGUGCAAGUGGGCGACAUCAUACGCGCCUAUGUCAAGCACGCCACUGAGCAGGUGGUGGACCUCAUGGUGUGUGUUCGCAACUACAACAAGCCGGUGAAGGUGCACGUCAUGAUGCUACGAUUGAAUGGCGUGAAGAACUCGUCCGUCGAUUUGUAUUCCGAACAGUUGCUAAUGGUGAAGGUGCUCAGCAAGGAGGUGGAAACCAAGACCCUAACGGUGUCCGCCAAGCUCACCGAUGUGUGGAACGGAGAUUUAAGUGGCACCGCCGCUCUAGUUGAAACAUAUCUGGAUGAAGUGGCAGGCAUUAGGAGAGUACUGAAGGAAAACUCUGAUCCCAUUGCCAAGUUCUCCAUCGGCGAUAGAAUCAGCGUGGUAUUUAAUGGCAUCGAUUCGCUGUCCCAUAACUGGAUCUACCAAGUGGAAGACACUAAAGCUGGAAAUCUAAACGCUCUGCUGCUCUCCAGUCUGGCUGGCAAUGCGCCAGCUCCCCAGGUGGGCAGCAAGCACCAGGCGGUGAUCCUGUGGAUUGAUUACUCCAACUAUAUGCUGCUGAUCAGCAACAAGAAGCAGGACAUUGAGCACAUCUCGAGUAGCGGUGAGCUGCCCAAGAAUCUAAUAGGCAGAGCCGGCAUGAAAGCCAAGGUGCUGCUGAGACUGGACUCCGUGGCAAUAUGCUCGCUAAAGAAGGGAACCAAUCCGUUGGUAAUAUGUCCCAUUCGCUUGCAUCACAACGACGUUGAGAACUCUGGAAGCGUGGAGCUCCGACAGGGUGAUUUUUGCAAUAUUGCCUUCAUACAUGACAAGCGGCCCAUCGCUGUUCCCGAAAAUGUUUGGCGCCUCUGGAGAGAUGCCAAGCGAUCAGCCACUUCAAAAGAAACCAAGAAGGUAAAACUGGAUGAAACCUCUGAAAAGAAGAAGACCAAGACUGAGGAGGAGACAUCUCUAAAGAAGAAGGCCAAGACAGAGGAAAUUUCGCCAAAGAAAAAGAGCAAAAUUGAGGUCUUAGCGAAGAAGCGAAAGUUGGAAGAGACUGAAAAACCUGUCAAGGGCCAAAAGAAGACUCAAGCCCUUGCAAAUGGCAUUGACAAGGAGCUGCCCAAGCAGAAUGGCCAGCUCUUUUUUGAGGAUAAAAAACCGGCCAAGAAUGCCAAGGUCGAGACACCAAAAAGCAAUGGUGUUGAGGCCAAAACCCGAUUGCCUGGUGUGUCCAGCUUUUGGGAGAGCGAUUCGAAACAGGCUGCUACCAGCGAUGAAGAUGAAGACCAAGCAGAUGCAGCUGAUGUGCAGCCGGCAAAGAAGAAGCGUUUGACUGCCAAGGAGAAGGCAAAGGCGGAGGUGAAGGAGGAGCAGCGGCUCCGGGAGAUUGAACAGCGCAAUGCCGAUCCCAAUGCGCGCCUGGAGACCAUUGACCAGUACGAGCGACUGGUUAUAGCCCAGCCAAACAGUAGUAUUUCCUGGCUGAGAUACAUAGCCUUCCUUCUUUCCAACACGGAGAUCGAAAAGGCCCGAGAGUUGGCUCGCCGGGCUCUUAAGACCAUAUCCUUCCGAGAGACACAGGAACUGAGAAACGUGUGGAGCGCCCUGCUCAACAUUGAGCUCGUUUACAGUAGCAAUUUCGAUGAGGUGCUGAAGGAAGCCCUCAGUUGCAACGAUCCCUUGGAGAUUUACAUAAGUGUCAUUGAUAUUCUCAAGAAGAAUAAGCAGAAGGAGCGCCUCACUUCCCUACUGACGACCAUCCUUAACAAGUUCAAGGCCGAGGUGCGGGUGUGGCCCGUGGCAGCUGAGGCCUAUUUUUGGCUGGGCAAGUCCGACCAGGUGCACGCCCUGCUCCAGCGGGCCCUGCGAGUUCUGCCGAAUCAACAACACAUAAACUGCAUUGUGUCCUUUGCCAAGCUGUAUGCCAGAAACGAUGCCAACGACAUGGCCCAGACACUGCUCGACGAUGUGAUCACUUCCUAUCCGAAGCGAAUCGACAUCUGGUCGGUGUAUGUAGAUAUGCUGAUCAAGGCGGAUCUCAUAGACUCUGCGAGAAACGUCCUGGAACGCGCUGUACUUCAGAAGCUCAAGCCCAACAAGAUGCAGGUAAUCUACAAGAAGUAUCUGCAACUGGAGGAGACCCAUGGCACGGAAGCGACGGUGGCCAAGGUGAAGCGGCAGGCAGAGGAAUGGGUGAAGAACUACGCCAAGGCGGUGAAGUAGUCACCACAACCUCCCCUUCCCCCACUUGUAGAUCGUAGUUAGAGAUUAAGGAAAAAGUUACAUGCAGAGUUACAGUGUUUUUCAUGAUACUUUAUUCUAAAACUAUUUUAAAUGAAGUGUGAUUCCGAGUGCUACCUUUGUAAUAUAUAUGUAUGAUAGUACCUAUAUAUUAUAGAAAUACAGAUAAACCCCAUCCUACACAUAGUACGUAGGGUGGAGUCCAAUGAUCAGCCCAA